GCUGGGCAGCUCCCUAGUGUGCAUCGCUCUCUCCCUCGGAAGAAUGACACGACCUACCUAGGCAAGAACCGCCCGGUGAAAAAGCCCUCUAGCCGCUAUUCGAGAGGUGCCCCACUAUCAGCGAGGAAGCCAAGCGUGCGAAGUGACGCUUUUCACAAAAUAAAACUAAAACCAUCGCGUGAUAUUAUCUACCGCUCGUCCGGAACAUUGGUUCUGAUUUUCCCCAUCACACUUGAUCGUCCAUCUCAACGCACAUCUCACGCCAGUUGUUGCUUUCUCUGCACACGCAAAUUCGAGCCCACUGGAACAAUAUCCAUUAGUGACCUUCAUUUCCCCAUCCUCCUGUGAGAGUGGCCAGAAAAAGACUUGUAGCACGCACCCCCAUUGCUUCGUAGUCAAGUAUGGCUUCCCUACAUGGAGAGGCGCAUGUCGCCGAUGCUAAGCAACCCAAUGUGUUCAGCAUUGCGGCUUCCUCGUCGGGCAUCGCCACUCCAGCUGGUCCAUCGCAUCAGGAGGAGGAAGAGUAUGAUGCCGAGACGGUCGAGAAGGUCUACAGGAAGCUCGACCUUCGCAUCAUUCCAGCUUUUUGGUGUCUUUACUUCGUCUGUUCGGCUAUCAGAUCCAACAUCGGUAUCGCGCAGACCAUGAACGCAGCACAGGGCCAUGACUUGAUGGCAAUUCUCGGUCUGACGGCUCGGGAUACUUCAACUGCUUUGGCUCUCUUCUACGUGGCAUAUGUCAUAUUUGACUGUCCUUCAAAUCUCGUCAUGGCCAAGUUAAGCCCCCGAAUCUGGAUGGCUCGCAUUGUUAUUGCGACUGGUAUCAUUGGCACCUGUUUCGCUGCCGUUCAGAGUGCCUGGAGUCUCAAGCUACUUCGGUUCUUGCUGGGUGUAGUCAUUGCAGGCAUGUGGCCAGGAAUGUCUUAUUACCUGACCUUGUUCUACCCGCCCUCCCGGACGGGCAAGAGAAUCGGCAUGUACUUUACAGCUGCCCAGCUCUCAGCUGCCGUCGUUGGUCUCGUGUCUGCCGGCUUUCAGCUCAUGGAUGGCCUCGGAGGCCUGGUUGGUUUCCGCUGGAUGUUUCUCAUCUACGGACUGGUCGCCGUUGUGCUUGGUUUCUCUUUGCUUUGGUGGCUUCCUGACCGUCCCCUCCCCCCUGGCCAGAAGCGACAACGAUCGAGCUGGCUGAAAUGGCUUCCACCCACUCCAGAAGCGCUCUCCGGCCAGGACGCUGUCAUUCACUACCAUGAACUUCGUAGGGUCUACCACCCUAGACCCUGGACCCUCAGAGAUCUGGUCAGGGUUCUCAUCGAUUGGCGUCUUUGGCCUCUAACCUUUAUGUAUUUCGGAGUCGUUGGCGUCGGUAUCGGAACUCAACUUUACGGGUCCGUUAUCAUUCGCUCCAUAGUUCCCACGGCAUCAAGCAUUGAAAUCAGCUUGCUCUUUGCCCCUAUCUGGAUCAUGGAUCUGAUUGCGAUUCUACUGGUGAUGCCAAUUUCUGAUCGCUUCCACCGCCACCGACCUUUCAUCUUCUCGGCCGCUGUGUGCAUCCAGAUCACUGGCCUGCUCGUUGUAACUUUUGCCCUUGACAACGGAUGGGCCCGAUAUGGCGGACUUUUGAUGGUCGGGUUCGGCCUGGGCCCAACAGUCCCCAACUGCAUGACUUGGACAAAUGAGAUCUUCCAACGUCGCCAUGGCGAGGUCGGGGUUGCGGCCGCUACUGCCUUGGUGUCCGGUCUUGGAAAUCUCGGAAGUAUCGUUACUACUUACGCCCUUUACACGGGAUGGCCAGAGGACGCUGCCAAGGGCCGUUACCAGUACCGUCGCAGCAACUACGCAAUGAUCGGCAUCCUCUGCUUGAGCAUUCUCAGCAGCUUCGCCAUGUUCUUCUUGCUGAAAAUCCUGGGUAACGAGCCCGCGAACAAGAUCUCAAACACGUACUCGUCCUCCGAGAUUGAGGAUGGUGCCGCCAGACGUGAGGCCCGAGAACGGGGUUUCGGAAACCUACUCCCUCGGAACCGUCAACGCCAGGAAGCCUGAAAGGCUUCCAAACGGACGUUAGGUUGACCACCAACUGAAGCAAAGCAACGCACCAGGUAAUCCAACAGCCAGCCGACAAUGAAUCCGACGUCCUACUCAUGAGCAUUUUAACCUGCCAAUUUUUUUCUCCAUGCCAUUCAUUGCCUGGCAUUUCUUCUUCUUCUUCUUCUUUUUCUUUUUUCUUUUAUUUGACAAAUCAUAAAAACUUACUGCAAAUACUCAUUCAAAGUUUGAAUAUGCGUUUCGUCCGAGGAAAGGCUCG